CCUCCCACAUUAUUCGGCCUCCGCUUCUACCAUCUUUCUGGACAUCAGCUGCUCUCAGUGUUCGCAUCCCUGUUUUCCGCUAACAAGCCUCCACCGCCAGCACAAUCCUUCUCGCGCGAAGAAUCUGUGACGUACCAUCUUCACGUUCUGCUCAAAGCCUCGGAGCGACCGAUCGUUAAAAAAAGCGUCAUCAUGGCGACUCUCAGCUGUCCCGCUAUGACUGGAGCGAGGCUCGUCGCGUCGCCAGCAGUAAAGCCGGCGCUUCGUCGCACGCCUGCCAUUGUCUGCCGGGUCGCCCCUCCGAAAACCUCCUCCUCCGAUCCCGUCAACCUUUUCAACCCUGCCACGUGGUUCGGCAAAUCGUCCAAGGCGCAACCCGAGCCUGUGCCCGAACCUGAACUGGAGCCUCUCGCGACGCUCCCGCCGACUCCGGUCUUCCCGUCACACCAAGCAAUGACGCUAUUCCUGCAGUCGUACGCUCGCCUUCUGCAGCACGUCAAAGCGGGAACGGUGGUCGGGAGAGGGAGAAGAGACGGCGUUGGCCACGUUGACCUCGUUGACCACAGCCACGACGCGAUGGUCUCUGGCGACUCCCUCGCUGCUGCUGGCGAGACUGUGCUGGAGCGAGUGCACCUGGGGCUCGGCGCGCUGCUGCACCACCCGCAGCAUGGCGUGCAGGGUGGCACGGUGUGGGGCCGCAGGGAGGAGGAGGUAGAGAAAUGUCUGGCGGAACUGGAGAAGGAUGUGGAGCACAUGAGGGAUGCGCAUGAGAAGGCACCGCCUGCCACCACUCUGAACCUCGCAACAGCGCACGCUUUGGACGCUGCUAAGAUGAUCAGCAAGCUUUGAGAUUGAGACUGGGGUUGUUAGUGCUCCGGUCCGGUCUGGAUUUGCUGAAAGUAGAAUGCUGACGAGUGACUUGUAGAGCCGCUGCCACUGUGGAAUGGUCGUCCACAAGGUGGCUAGAACAGCUGGGAUGAAGGGGAGGGGAUGUAGCAAACUAAUAGGGCUAGUGAUUUGGUUUGAAGGGGAGAAAGAGCAUGUAUAGCAAUCUUGCACUAUGCACAAUAUGUAAGUAUUGAAUAUAAUUAGCCACGUUCC